AUGCACGACGCUCCGGCCAUCGCCGCGGGGCUGACGCUCCCUCCCCCUCCACCGCUUCAAGACAAGCGCUGCCACGAGCCUCCACAGCAACAGCAGCAGCAGCAGCAGGAGCCGCAUCCGGCGUCGCAAUCUCCCAAGGCCCCAACGGCGGAGGAGACUGCCGCGGCCGCGGCCGCGAAGGAGCGGAAGCAGGAGCAGCGGCGGAAGCAGCGCGAUGAGGAGGGGCUCCACCUGCUGACGCUGCUGCUGCAGUGCGCGGAGGCCGUGAACGCGGACAACCUUGACGACGCGCACCAGACUGUGUUUCCAUUUUUUCUCCUUUUUCGUUCUUGA